AUGCCUACAAUCGAAGCCGUCUUUGUGAUCUUGUCGCUUUCAAAGGCCUUCGAACCUCCUUCAAAUCUCCUCUCAGACAUUGAUUUGCGUGUCGGCAAUAUGCCUGUAGCCUAUUUCGAGUCCUUAUCCCAACUUAGCCCUCAAUUUAGGCAGUUUAUUGACAAUCGUCAAUGCAAGCUGAUAAUGUGUAACAUCAACUGCAUUGUUACGAUGACAUUGAGAGUCCCCGGCAGUGAAGGCCUCCUUCGCCCUCCUUCCCGCGCUUAUUUCCUCAGCCCACCCGUCCCUCGCCCUCUCCUUGUUUGCGCCUCUCCUGCCUGCGCCUCCGCUGCUUCAGCACACUCUCGGGUCGACUCUUCCCAACACGCUAGUCGCUGCGGCAGAGACACAGCCCAGUCUACACCUCGACGCUCACCCAAAUCCACCGUGCUGUGUCCCGUGGUCAAGCAAGACUGCACCCCUUGA